AUCCUCCUUAAAUUCGCCCUCUGCCGAGCGUUUCAUUCACAGCUCGAGCGAGAUCAGUCCUCGGUGGUGGAACAGUCACUACUGGACGGUCUAACUGCAGAAAACUAGGAAGGAAACGUCAAAAUGGUGAAGAUAUCCUUUCAACAAGUUUCGGCAGAGAAGCCAGAAAAGGAGAAGGAUGGAGAGAAAGAGGAAAUUCACAUGCCUUACUCUCACGAUGAGUUGGUUCUACCUGUAAAUUCCAAGAAGUCUCCCAUGAGAGGCCUUUGGUGCAUCGUCCUCGGCUUGGUGAUCUUCAUGUCGGGCUUAAUAAUGGCGUCUGUUUGCCUCUACCGAUACUACUACAACCCUCAGAUCCCAGAGGACAGUUUGUUCCACUGCCGGGUGAUGUACGAGGACCCCGUGUACGCCCCGUUGCUCGGGCGACAGGAGGUGGAGGAGAACGUCGGUAUCUACCUGGACGAUAACUAUGAACACAUCAGCGUGCCUGUACCUGAUUUCGCCAGCAGUGACCCAGCAGACAUCAUCCACGACUUUCACAGGGGACUUACAGCUUACCACGACAUCGCGUUGGAUAAGUGCUACGUCAUUGAGCUCAACACGACUAUCGUCAUGCCACCCAGAAACCUGUGGGAGCUGCUCGUCAAUGUCAAGCGAGGAACGUACUUGCCCCAAACCUACAUGGUUCAGGAGGAGAUGGUAGUGUCUGGACGUGUUAGGAACAUGCGUCAACUGGGACCCUUUAUCCACAGGCUCUGUUAUGGCAAAGAAACCUACAGACUGAGACGCAGGACCGGCCAGAGACGUAUUGAUAAAAGAGAAGCAAGAAACUGCCACACCAUUCGGCACUUCGAAAACACAUUUGUCGUGGAAACCGUCAUUUGCGACCGACUCCUGCUUUAAUCCCCCCAACUAAACAAAACCCAAAUGAGACCCGACCCUUCCCACCUGUCCAGCUUUACAGCACUUUAUCAGCAUGAUAAACCUGUACAUAAUGUUAAAGAUGCGACUUCGUGUAAUUUUGUCAGUUAGUUUUUCCAGGGAUAAGAUGUAAUUACUGUUUUAAUGUUUUUCAGACAAUUUUUUUGUCGUCUUACAUCUCUGUCCUAAUGAAUUUUUGAGGUUUUGGUUUUCAUUUGCAUAUUCGGACACACGUGUCGGUGGUUGUUUUAUUUUUCUCUCAGGUUAUUUACGCGUAUUUCUUUUUCUUCACUGAGCAUUGGGGGUGUGUCCUCAAAAAUAACCGUGAAGUUAUGUUCGAUUCCUUUAGUCUGACAUGCAUGUUUUGUUUUGAUGUCUGUAAAGCCUCAAGUUUGUGUACACUGAUGGCUAUCACGAUUUGUCCACCUGUGUUAGGUAAGAAAUCCGGAUUUAGAAAAUUGUCUUCGAUGCCAAAAGAUGUAUACCUCAAAUUUCAGAAAUGUAUGACUGUAAACUUGUUGUUUCAUAAGUCAUAUAUGUGUUUUCUGGACGUGAUAUAAGCAAUAUACGUUUUCUUAUCUUGGAUUUCCAGACUUAACCUCUGUUUGUAGUAAUGUCUGAGCAGUACAUCAGGUUUCAUUUCUUGUGUGUCACUCUUUAUACAUGUGAAUAAAGUUUGUAGAAAAAAGUGAAAACUAAGAGAAUGUUUGGUUUUCUGAAGGCCGUGUGUCUGUACUCUUUAGAACGGACUGUUUGAUUACUUGGAUUAGUCAAGCCCACAUUUUAAGAGAAUUAAAAUGCUUUAUAGUGUAAGAAGCAUUCUUAGACCUGAUUUGUAAUCAUCUAUAUUGCUGUUUUUAUUCCUUCAUGUUUUCCCCGCCCUUAAGCAGAAAUGGAUGUCAGAUCUCAUCCGAGGUUGAUUUAUUUCAUAUGGCUUUUUGUCUAAUUGUUCCAGUCAUGUGUAUUUUGUUCCUCUUCCACGUACCGGUGUAGCAAGAACUGGUUUUGAGAUGUUUGGGGUGAAAUAUUUGAUUUAAUGCACUAUAAUCUGCUGCUCAAGCUUUGUAAGUCAUAUUUCCUUGUAAAAUCCAUCAAUAAACUGUUAAAACUCGAA